AUGAGCGCUUACCACGCGCUCGUCGCCCUACUUUACGCACCAAACACCAAUGGCAGCAUUCUGCCCGCCAUCUGUCCUCACCCCGAAAAUCUCAGCCCAAAGAACCUCACCUGGACUCCGCCGGUGCUUCUCUCCCUCCUGACCAUCGCAUCCGGCGCCGCCAUCCGUCUCUCGGCGUUUGGAAGCCUAGGCCGGAAUUUCACAUUCUAUCUGUCCGUGCCGGACCGAUUGGUUACGGACGGUGUAUAUGCGUAUGUCCAGCAUCCGAGUUAUACGGCGUUGGUCUUGGUGUGUCUGGGGUGUGCUGGGCUGUCUUGGCGGUGGGAUGGGGCCGUAGGAGCUUGCUUGUUGCGUAAAGGUGCGAUUGAAAGACUUGAUGGAUUGGGAGUGAUGGUGGUAGGGGCGUUGUGGAUGGUAGGUGUGAUGUUGAUACGGAUGAGGGUAAGGGAUGAGGAGAGGAUGCUGCAGGAGAAAUUUGGGAGGGAGUGGGAGAGGUGGAAUGCCAGAACGGCGAGCGAAUAUCAUUUGGAUACUCUUGAUGCCAUUGACACGUCUGUCCAUCAUUUGAGACUGUAG